UUCCGGGACUUUUCUCGACUUUAGAGUUCCGACACCGCUCUUUCCCAAUUACCACCGCGCAGGGCAGGAAUACAAGCCCGGGAAAAGAAAAAGCAAAGGAAAAUUCGCCAACAGAGGGAAAUGUCCCGCAAGCAACACGACAGAAACCCCAGCCGAACGGAAAACUUGUCGUCCCGUGCCGUUGAUCGUGGUAGCGCAAGAAGCAGGUGUGCAGAGAGAUACAGCGUCUCGAGCCCUUUUUUCCCUUUCCCACGUUUACCAAGAAAACUCACCCGUCGAACCACCGCCGCACGCGCCACCAACUUUUUUCUAUUCCCAGACCGACAUUGAAGGAAAAAAAAGACCAGCACACCGGAAUCUCUUGUUCCUUUGUCGAUUUACAUUUGUCCGUUUGUGGCAUCGGAUCCGCGAUGGACGGGAUCAAGUGCAUCCUUUUUGACAUUGAAGGGACGGUCUGUCCGAUUUCUUUCGUCAAAGAAACCCUCUUCCCAUACGCCCUCAAGGCCCUCCCUUCUGUGCUCGCCACACAAUGGGACGACCCAGCCUUCCAGAGCUAUCGUAACGCCUUCCCCGCGGACGUCCGGGGCUCGCCGCAGGCCCUUCAGGCCCACGUGGAAGACCUGACACGGCGGGACGUCAAGGUCGCCGCGCUGAAGAACCUCCAGGGAUACCUCUGGGAGGACGGCUACAGGAGCGGGGCCUACGCGACCACGCUCUUCCCCGACGUCGCGCCGGCGCUGCGCGCCUGGGAGGGGCAGGGCUUCCGACUCGCGAUCUAUUCCUCCGGGAGCGUCUUCGCGCAGAAGUUGCUCUUCGGGCAUGUGCGAGGCGCGGGCGGCGCCGUCGAGGACUUGACGGCGUCGUUCGAGGGCUGGUUUGAUACGGUCAAUGCGGGGCUCAAGACGGAGGCGGCGAGCUACAGGACGAUCGCGGAGGCUUUGAAGCUCGAGCCCAGCCAGAUCCUCUUCCUCAGUGAUAACGUGAAAGAGGUCGAUGCGGCUCACCAGAUUGCGAUGAAGUCCAUAGUGGUGGAUCGACCGGGGAAUGCCCCUCUGUCGGCGGAGGACAAGAAUCGGCUCGAGAUUGUGACGAGCUUGAGCGAGAUCAAAUAGAUUGAUGCGAGCCUUUGGCUUCGGUUGACGUGGGAGCCCGUGAACGGCGGUUGUUCAUCCGGUCAAAGAUGAGUUGAUUUGCGCAGGUGAUGUGUCGUCAGAAGCACAGUCAUAUCACACCAGAAGGUGAUCUAAAAGUAGUCGAUCAUUAUCAUGCAUUCAUUCU